AUAUCCGUAUACAACCACACCAGUCGACGAGAGCAAGGACUUUCUUUUUCAGGCCGGGUAGGUUGCCCACCAACAACUCAAGUAAACGGUCAAAUAGAUUAAGAGUCGGCAGCACAAUCACCAGCCAUCCUUUGAAGAAACCUAAUAUUUAGGAAUUAAAUCUCCUUUAUUGAUCACACGAAAUACUAACAAGUAAAAUCGAAAAAGAAGGCACAAGAAGAGGCGCAUAGAAACAUUUUCAUACUCGAUGACAUUACAUCGCAAUGUCCGAUCGUUUGGGGCAAAUAACCAAGUCCAAGGAUGGGAAAAGCAAGUAUUCAUCACUCAGCCUAUUUGAUAAGUACAAGGGAAAGUCUAUAGAAACUCAGAAAACCGCAGCAGUUCCGCGACAUGGCUUACAGAGUCUUGGCAAAGUGGCCGCAGCCAGGCGCAUGCCCCCACCUGCUCACCUGCCGAGCCUGAAGUCGGAGAACAAAGGAAACGAUCCCAACGUGAUUAUCGUGCCCAAAGACGGAACAGGAUGGGCAAACACACAGGAACAAACCGAUCAAAAGAGUUCCAUUGCAUCAACAGCACAGCUGCUGGAGUUGCAGCCACAGCUGGCUUUGCAGAAAUCUGUCUCCAAUCUUCAGAAGCCCACACCGGUAGCCAGUCAGGAGAGCACAAACACAGGUGGACCAAAGCAAUGGGCCCAGCUAAAUGGAAAGGCCAUAGAACUAGAUGCAGGUUUAAGGGCCUCAAACCGACUGCAGCCCUUCUCUCACGAGGAAUUUCCAACGCUGAAGGCUGCUGGGGAACAGGACAAGGCUGGCAAGGAAAGAAGCGCCUUCGAUCCGUCGUAUGGGCCCGGACCAAGCCUCCGCCCCCAGAAUGUGACAAGUUGGAGGGAGGGUGGUGGGAGGAACCUUCUGCCCUCAUCCCUGCCGGCAGGCCUGCCCUCAGAUUCCGAGGGCAAGGCCAGCGGCGUAGCUGAGACUGGGAGCCCCCCUCCACCUCUUCCCCCCUCUGCCGCCCUCUCUGCCUCCAUGGUCAGUCCCACCCCUGCCACCGUUGUCAGCGCCCCUCCAGUCCUAGAGCCCAAGGAGCCCUCUCUGCGCCCCGCCCAGCCCCUCCGCAGGCCCACCCCCCCUGCCCUGAACCAUCACCAGCUCCACCACCCUACCACCACCACCACCUACCACGACAUGCUGCCUGCCUUCAUGUGCCCCAAAGAGACUCGUGAUGCUCCCGGCACUGCUGAACACACUGGCCCUGUCACUGUGGUCGCCCCAGUUCGCUUUGACAACCGGCCCACCUUCAGACAGCCCUACCCCAACAUCAACCAAGAGCCCGUCAACGGUGAGGUUAGGAGAGAAGAAAACCGCUUCAUCCGUGGGCCCUCUCGCAACCCCUCCUCCAGACCCAUCCGUCGGCCCGGUGACAGACCCCCUCGUCCGGCCAUCAUCAACCCAGAGGACCUGAAGGACCUGGAUGAGCUGGACAACGACUGUGAAGACGGCUGGGCAGGUAUCCAUGAAGAAGUGGAUUAUGGCGAGAAACUCAAGUUCAGUGACGAUGAGGAGGAGCACGCCGAAAAGAACAAGAUGUGGGCUGAAUGGGAGAACCAGCGUCGCGAGCACCAGUUGUCGCUGAGCUCAGGAGAGGGGGCGUACCCCCAGGAGGGCCCCGAGGAGGAGGCUUACCUGGCAUUCCAGGAGCAGAUGGCCCACAGGAAGAUCAACAGCAGGUUCCCCUCUGGAGAACCACAGGCCCAGCAGAAGAGCUCCGGGCCUGGCAUGGCACACCAGGGUGAACCCCUGGACGACCAGGAGGAGCGCCAGGGCCCUGCCCGGGCCAAGUUUGUAUCACCGGAACUCUCGGAGGCAGUGGAGAGAGCUCGCCGGCGCAGGGAGGAGGAGGAGAGACGCGCCCGUGAGGAGAGACUCGCCGCCUGCGCCGAGAAGCUCAAGAGGCUAGACGAGAGGUUUGGGAAGACGGAGAGACAGUUGUCAAGGUCUGAGGAGGGAGCGAAGGAUGCAGAGAGCAAGGAGGCAGCACUGUCCACUGGGAGAGAGAGCAAAAACCACCAGGAGAGCUGGCAAUAUGGCACGAAAGACACUGAGUGUCCCUUGGAGCACUCCCCCGGCCAGCAGGACUACAGGGAAGAGGGCACCUUGGGCUUUGCCCCCUACCGCAAUGAGGACGAGGGCGGGGCUGAUCCCACUUCUCCCUUGCCCGACUACACAAACCACCAGGCCUCCAAACCCCUCCCGCCCCGCUUCCAAAAGCAGCAGCAGGACCAAGUGUAUAAAAUGCAGCACUGGCAGCAGUCUGCCACCUCGCCCCCUCUGGCUCCAGCCACCCCCCCGAGGGGAUACUACCCCCCACACAUGCUGGGCUUCGACCCCCGCUGGAUGAUGAUGCCCCCCUUCUUGGACCCCCGCAUGGCCCAGGGCCGCUCCCCCGUGGACUACUACCCCAACGCUGUCCACUCUUCAGGAAUGAUGAAAUCGAUGAUGCAGCCAGACCACCUGAACAGCCCAGGGUCCGCCUCUGACGAUGGCUGCCAUCCCAGCAUGCAUCAGGAGAGAAAGGCCCCCUCCACCGAGCCCUACCCCGUGUGGAACCAAGAUGGCUACCCCCCUCGCAGUUUCACCCCACCCUACCAGAGACAGCACGAGAGCUCAGACAGGAGCCAGCCAGACGACCGGAGUGACAGGACAUGCUCCCAGCAGGACUUGUACGAAGAGAGUGGCAACGAGUGCCUAGACAACCCAUCUGGUGACCUCUCCCAUCAGGCCUACCACCAGAGCAAAAGUCCCGACAGGGAUCACCACCCGCACGACCAAGGCCUGCUCUCCUCAGCCCCAAGCCGGCCCCAGCAGCAGCAUGUAGACAGCGACUACCCCAAACAGGAGCCCAAAGACAGGUACCUGAAGGACGGCACUGAACCCUGUGACGAACUCUUCGACACCUCCAAGGAAAAGGUUUUUGACUCAGACUUCCAUAGGCGAGAUGGAGGCCAGAAGAAGGAAGUUGGUGUUGGUGGUCAGAACCAGUGGUCUGAUCCUGGCUCCAGCUCCCCUGCCAGCAGUGUAAGCCAGCCCUCUGAGACUGGCGGUAGGACCCUGACCCGCAGGACCGGUCCCAUCAAGAAGCCUGUGCUAAAGGCCCUCAAAGUGGAGGACAAGGAGAACGAGAAGCCCAAAGUGGAGCCUGAGGAGAAGGUAGUCCCUUACCGCCUGGAAAAGGAGGUGCUCACUAACGUAUAUGACCUGAAGAAAGACAACCAGCCCCUAGUAAGUAACAGACGCUCGGCUUCACCUGCUAUCGAGAAGCAGCCAGAAGAGAAGCAACAACCACCAGCUCCUGCUAAAAUAGAGAGGCCAGCCAGUAUCCACAGUGAAGAUUUGCCGAAGGAGAACAGCUGGGACAGCGGAAAGAGCCAGUCCUCCAGAGACAGCCAGGAGAGCAGGGAGCCUGGUGCACCACGACGCAACAACUGGAUCUUCAUCGAUGAGGAGCAGGCCUUUGCCGGAGCCAGGGGAACGGGUCGAGGUCGGAGCCGUGGCGGCUUCAGGGAGUUCAGUUCCAGAGGAGGCCGGGGAGGCCGAGAGAACCCCAGAGGAGGCUACAACAACAAUAUCAAUAGCAGGGACGCCGCUGCAGCCCAGAGACGAGGCAGAGGACUGCCCAGGGACUUUGUCAAAGUGGAGGACCUGCAGAGGGGGAAGCCGAGGAGGCGCAACGUCAGCGAGACUCUGAGCGAGACCUCAGAGUACGAGGAGCUGCCCAAGCGGCGACGCCAGAAGGGCUCUGAAAACGGAGAGGGUGGCAGCUACCCAGAGCAGGGAGAGACCAGGAAGGCCGACCGAGACUCUUGGAGGUCCAACAAGGUGUACACGGAAGAACAGGCAGCCAGUGAUGCCCGCGACAAGGCCAAAGCCAGCAGCAGGGGGUUCGGAGGCUUCGGCCGCUCGCUGCCUCCCAGACUCGAUACUGGCAGGGGCUACAACACCAGCCGAGGGUUCAACAACGGCUCCAGAGACAUCUCCACCUGGAGGGGGCGGGGGACUCAGUUUGGCAGUGGCGGUGGGCCCAUGCAGGAGAACGGCUACGGCCUGGGCACCGAGACCUAUUCCAGGAGACCACCUGCAGAGCGUGAGCCCCUCAAAUACAUCCCCAAGUUUACUGGCUCUACUGGUUCCUUCAUGGAGAACGGCGCUGAGGACCGCAGCGGGGAGGGCGAGUACUACAUAGACAGCGACAACCCUGGACAACAACCGUUGAGAAGACGGAGGCCGCCGCGCCAGGACAAGCCCCCACGUUUCCGCCGACUACGUCAAGAGAGGGAGCCCGGCAGCGGCCAGUGGACCAGCGAUGAGUACAUCAACGGAUCGGAAGGAUUCGCAAACCCCUGGCCGAGCCGCUCCAAGGAGGGAGGUAAAGAGGACAGCUGGUCCAGUGGCCACUACUCCGGAGGGGGGGGUAGGUCCGGUGGUCAGCACGGCCAGGCGGAGGACUGGGAGACUGGCUCAGAGAACAGCGACUUCAGCGACUGGAGGGAGAAGCGUGGUGGAGGGCAGCAGCAGCAGGCCCACGGGGGAGAUGGGCACUCAGACUCAGGCCACGGGGAUCCUGGGUCUGGAGAGAAGAGGGAGCUGGCCAAGAGGAGUUUCUCCAGCCAGCGCCCCCUGGUGGACCGGCAGAACAGGAAGGGUGAGGUGGAUGGGAACAAGAUGACACGCUCUUCAGAGAACCCUAAUGCUCUGCCCUCCUGUAACAGGAAUGACGGCUGGCAGAAUGGAGGGUCCUCCAACCAUAAGAGCAGGAGCCCAGAGGAGUCAGGCCCAGUCUACAAUGUUGAGCAGUCUGAGGAAGGCCACCAGGCCAACGAACCCUCGGGGAAGAAGCUGGACAAGGAGCUGAAGCCCAGGUCUGUGAAGGGAGACCUGGCCAAACCACUGUCUCAGUACGACCUCAACAGCUACCCCAUUGAGGGGGAUUCUGGGGGUCCUAGUCCAGACGGGUUCCAAGACCUGUCCAAGAAACAGCUGCGGCGCCCACAGGAAGACGACAGAAGGAGAAAGGAACAAGGAGCUCCUGUUCCGGUAAAGAACAGACCGAUCACCUCCAAGAUGCCCCCGCGGUUUGCCAAGAAGCAGGGUGGCAUGACCAUUGAUCAGCCAGAAGAGGGACUCUCUGCCAACAACCUGGGCACAGAAAUCUGGGAGACUAACAGCUCAGCUCUGUCAAUCCAGUCAUCUGGAGGAGAUUCGUGGACCAAGCAGGUCUCCUUCACAGGCAGCGAGCCCAACUCUGAGGAUUCUGACGCGGGCCCUGAGCAGAGCAAGGAGCAGCACAAGCCAGGUCCCAUCGGCAACGAACGUUCACUCAAGCACCGCAAGGGCUCGGAGGGUGUGGAGCGUCUGGAGGGGAGGCCCAUCACGCCCGUCAAUGGCGUGGACCUCCAUGUGGACACAGUGCUGCCUGUGCCACCCAUCGAAUUUGGUGUCAGUGCCAAGGACUCUGACUUUAGCCUGCCACCCGGUUCCACCCCAGUGCCCGUGUCCAACCCCGUCACCAAGCUGCAGGACGCCCUCGUCAGCAACCCGGCCCUGACCCAGGCCAUUCCCAUGCUGCGUAGAGACCACCUGCAGCCUGGCAUCAACCUCAACCCCAUCUCUUUCCCCAGUGCUGACCUCACACUCAAGAUGGAGUCGGCCCGUAAGGCGUGGGAGAACUCCCAGUCUCUCCCCGAGCAGGGCUCUCCUGGUGGGGGUGCCUCUGGCGCCCAGCCCCCUUGCAGUGUGGGCUCUUCCAGCGGGGUGAGCUACAGCUCUUUCGGAGGGGUAUCCAUGCCCCCCAUGCCCAUUGCCUCCGUGGCGCCUUCCAUGUCCAUGCAGGGUAACCAUGUCCCCCCGCUGUAUCUGGAUGGCCAUGUCUUUCCCAGCCAGCCUCGUCUGGUGCCCCCAACCAUGACCCAGCAGCAGAGCUACCAACAGGCGGCGGCGGCUGCCCAGCAGAUCCCCAUCUCCCUACACACCUCUCUGCAGGCCCAGCUCGGUCUCCGGGGAGGCCUUCCCGUCUCCCAGUCCCAGGAGAUGUUCAACUCCAUUCCCUCCUUCAGGUCCCAGGUGUACAUGCAUCCCAAUCUGUCCCAGCCUAACCCCAUGGUGCUGUCAGGCGGUGGCCCCCUGAAGGGGCCCUAUUCGGCCUUCCCGGGCAUGCAGCCAUCGGACAUGGUCAAGCCCCAGUCGGGCUCCCACUACCAGCCCAUGAACGGCAGCCAGACCAUGGUCUAUGACGGCCAGAUGAACCAGGGCCCUGGCAUGAGCUCCUCCCAGCUCAUGGACUCCCAGCUCAUCCAGGUGACCAUGCCCUUACCGGGCUCCCAGCUGCGUUAUGGCUCUGCCCAGCAGCACCUCAUCCUGCCCCAAUCCAUCCAGCUCCAGCAGGGCCAGAACCUCUCCGUCGGAGCCGCCCGCAGGAUGCUCCCCCCUGGCUCCCAGCCCCCUGUCAUGACCGGCAGCAGAGAGACCUCCCAGAUGGAAAUGAAAGGCUUCCAGUUCUCUGACAAGCCCAAUCACUCCCAGGGCAUGCCUGGAGGAUACAACAGACCAGGGUCUGCCAGCCCCAGUGGGAAGCAGUCUGGCCCUGUGGGCCCUCUGCCUGGGCAUUACACCCAGCAGAAGACCUCAUCCAUGCAGGCCGUUCAGCAGCGAGGCUGGGCUUGCAGUGGCCCUGGCCUGACCUGUAGUUGCUGCUACAGAGACCCGGCCACCGGCUGGUAUGAGGCCCUGCUGUGCCCCCUACACGGCAAGGUCCCCCCUCCCCAGGGCAGCAUGGUUAUGCACAUGCGUCCCCCCACCACCGGCCCCUUUCCCACCCCCAUCCAGAGACCUGUCAUGCAGGUCAACAAGACAGUCAUCAUCCGCUCCCCCCCCAUACCCCAAUCCCGGGCGCGAGCCACCCCACUCCACCCCCCCCCCUCGGCCCCCGAGCCCACCGUCAAGGGGCCGGAGGAUGGCAUGAAGAGUAAAGCCCUGCGAAAUGGGCACCAGCUGGUGGGUGAGGGGAAGGCAGUGUCGUGGGGCCUGAUGACCAGCAAACUCCAGGAGUCCCUUCCCGGCUGGCAGGGCAAACCAGCACCAUGCACCUGAGCCAUCAAACCCCAGGCUGUCAAAGUGGAGGGCAAGGCGUGGCAACGGACCUUCAACCUCCACCCAACCUGCCUUUGGAAGGCACAACCCCGUGCACCCUCUUUCGACUCACCUCCCAGCCUUCUAUUGCCAACCCCCAGAUCGGGCGCCAAACUGAGGAGCAAGCAGGCAUACUGUACCAACUCCCCGAACUAUCAUAACCGGACACUUAUUAUUAUUAAACACCGCGUGUGUGUGUGUGUGUAAGCAGACUCGAGGUUCUCCUUAUUUAUUAACAUUGUCCUUUUUCGAGAGAAGAAUGGUGACAAAAAAAUAUGAAAUAAAUGCACGUUUUCUGUGUUGCUCUGCACCCGAAAAAGGAAACGAACAGCUCCUGCAGAUAGUUCACCCCGUUUUUGCCACAAUACGUUUUUGGACUAUAGCCCUGUAGAGGAGGCAGACACUUGACAUGUCACCACAAGAAAGCAAAUCUGUAAGUGUAAAAAACAAACGUGUCCUUUUCCCUCACUUUCUGAAGAAUUUUGCUGGUAGUUUUAAUCUUUUUUUUCUUUUUUAAGUAAUCAUUGCCUGUUUGCUCUAUUAUUAAAGGACUUCAAAAGACAGAUUUUAAGGACAUUGUGUGUAAACAUGGAAAGGUGUGAAUUGGGGCGUGUCGCCCUCAGAGACCCCUGGGUUACUUCACACAGCUCGUGAACUGUGACAAAACUGCUUCGAUUUUUAGAAAACGUUUCCGUUCUUUUUUUAAAGGCUGUUUUUUUGCUUUUGUUUUGUCGCGCUCUCUCCUAUGUGUUUUGUAAACAGAAGCAAAAACGAGGACAUUUUCGAGAAAUCGUCUUGCCUCAUUUGAAGCUAUCCUAGCGUUGAUGCAGUGUGUGCAUGUGAUGUGCUGAAUGUGUGUUAAUUGUAGAGCCUAAUCCAGGACCCUAUCGCAACAUUUCAAAAGACAGCGGACACUGCUGCCGUAGUGUGAGGUUUUGAUCAACCCCAGCUGGCAAAAAAUAUGGUUUAUUCUAUGGUGUUGGGGGGUAUCUAUAGUGUUUGGGAGUGACGACAGGCUUCAUUGACUUACUGUACGAUCUCAACAGCUGAUUGAAAUGUUGCUUUUUAUUGCUAUACAUUUGGUUGUAAUGAGUUGCUGAAAUCUGAAUUCACAUCUGAUACAUGUCAAGUGCUUUUAUAUUCCCUCUCCUAUAGUGUUUUUGCUUUUGAUCCUAGAGCUAUUAAACACUACUCUAUUGUUUUUUUUUUUAAAACACAUACUCUAUGGAAAGGUGGAGGGGUUAGUGAAGGAAUGAGUAGGCACACCUCCCUAGUGAACAUUCAGCACCAUGUAAGGUCUCUGGGGUGGCGCUAGCAAUAAACGCAGCCUAACUCUCAAUCAGGGUCCAAAUAUCUAUUUUUAUGUUACAAUUUCACGACAAAAGAGGGUGUUUAGAAUUGCUUGAUGAAUUGAUGUACUUUCUUCGCCUAGGUUUUUUGGUGAACGCUGCAGUUGUUUUGGGCUCUGAAGAAGGAAAUAUUAAAGCAUUUGUUUUGUUAGAAAAAUAAUAUGAACUGUUGGCAUCUGUGAUAAAAAAAAAAAAAUGGGCACUAUGACGCCAAUGUCAUAACUGGUUAUAAAUGUUUCUGCGUAUUAAUGCUCCAUGACACUACAAAAUGUUCAGACUCAUCUUUUAUGGCAGUGUUUCACUGACGUCUGUACAUGAUGCAUACCUGUUCAACUAUAUUCAGAGUUAUGGUCAGUCGGGGAGGGUGGGAGUCUAAAAACAUGUUUGAUUCAUAUAUUGUAUCACUAAUAAAAGGGUAAGUGUUUCAAAGGUCACUAUGAUGCUCUCACAGGGUGGACUGCUUUCACUUGUGGAUUGGCUUAUUGGACAUUGAUGGCUUUUUGCCCAUCUCUACUGUGCUUUUUGCUGUGACAACCCUGUCAGUUUUUGGACAGAGACUGGAAGGUGUACACUGAAACGGCUUAUACACACCUGAGAAACUUCAUUUGGUUUCCGCCUGCUCUCGUCUUCACUCAUUACUGUACCUACACCAAGAUAUCGUCCUGGUGCUUUUUUUGUUGGUACUUUUAGGAUACAUAUUUCAUUUGUCAGAGGACCUGUGCACUCGAACUGAUCAUACUAUUUAUCCUACCUGAUGUUUAUCCUUUCAGAUAUGUGAUCAUAUUCGCCCUUUCCUUAUUGAGAGAAAAAAUAAAGCAGUUGUGCUUUUUCAAAA